AGAAACGUUCGUGUUGAAAAGCCGAGCGGCUUCCGUUCCAGGAGACGCACCCCCAGAGCCCGUGAGAGCCCCCUCGCGUGCUGCGUGGCCGCCUUGGCUGUGACCGUGACCCGAAGCCACCCGAAGCCUGUCACUGCAGCCGCGGCCUGGACAAAGGAAGUAUUCUGGAUGGAUGGCUGCUGGAAACCCAUUGCCAUAGCCAGCUCUUCUUCAAUACUUAAGGAUUUACCCUGCAUUGAGUAAUGAGAAUUUCGAAACCACAUUUGAGAAGUACUUCCAUCCAGUGCUACUUGUGUUUACUUCUGAACAGUCAUUUUCUAACUGAGGCUGGCAUUCAUGUCUUCAUUUUGGGCUGUAUCAGCGCAGGUCUUCCCAAAACAGAGGCAAAUUGGCAGGACGUGAUACUUGAUUUGGAAAAAAUUGACAAUCUUAUUCAAUCUAUACAUAUGGAUACCACUCUGUAUACUGAAAGUGAUGUGCAUCCCAGUUGCAAAAUAACCGCGAUGAAGUGCUUUCUCCUGGAGUUAGGUGUUAUCUCGCUCGAGUCCGGCAGUCAUCCCAUUAAGGAAGCAGUAGAGAACCUCAUCAUCCUCGCAAACAGUGAUCUGUCUUCGAAGGGGAAUAUAACUGAAACGGGAUGCAAAGAAUGUGAAGAACUGGAGGAAAAGAGUAUUAAGGAGUUUUUGCAGAGUUUCGUGCAUAUCGUACAAAUGUUCAUCAACUCCUCUUGAUGGCAAAGGAUCUGCUUCGGCAUUUCUGCGAUUAACCAGCGUCUUCCCACGGCUCGAAGGCCGUGAAACCCUCUGCAGGUCGUUCGGGCCGCCUGAACGAAUUUUUCUAACGAGAAGAUGAUCCGGAAUCUCGGGUCGGAUGAACUCUUAGAAACUGAAGGCAGAAAAAUGGCAUCGAGGGACGUGUCCGUGAACUGUCCUCGUGCUGAUUUUGUUCAUUUAUUCUUAAUUUAUUACCGACGUUGUACAUAUCUGUAGCAUACUAUAGAGCAUUGAAUAAAAUCGUGUACAUACA